ACCUGCUACACACGGCGCCUCCCAGACUCUUUGUCACCGGACCGCCCGGUACAGGUAAAACUGUGGUGCUGCUGCUGAUGGCCAUACAGUGGCUUCGGUGUGGUCACCACGUCUACGUUGUCAGUACCUGGAGUGAGAGUCGUGCAGCGAGCAGCAUGUUGUAUCACCUGUUGCUGCAGACAGUAAAGACACAACAGUCAGCAGGUGUGUCACCCGGUCAGCCUCACCUCCUGCUGUAUCAUCUUGAUGACGAUAAAGACGUGAAGAAGGCCGUCAAGAACUUGUCAAAAAAAGCAAGCGGAGGGUCGUUGUACGUCAUCGCCGAUGAAGUAGGGAGUGAUUUGAGUAUCAACAACUUUCAGACUUUGUGUGACAAGCUGCUGAUACAAGUUCCUCGUCUCCAUCUGUGGGCGGCAAGUUAUUUCCACAAAAACGCACCCUCCGGCUGGCAAGUGGAACAUUUAACCAGACCCCUCCGCUCUCCUCCGGCCGUCGUCAGGGAAGUCGAGCAGGACAAGAAGAUCAUAAAACACCGUGAUGUCAAGCCGUACAGUGAGCGAGGUGUACCCAACCACACAGACGGCCCGCCAGUCACACGACUGUAUCACCGAGGUCACUCAUGUCACAGGUCAGCUGACUGUGUCACGUGCGGUCGUGAGGUGGCCAGCUUCCUACACAGUCUCCGUGUUGGUGUUACAGAGAGAAACACAACAUCUACAACACUGACCGAUACCAGCAGCGGCACAACACCCUGUCUACAGUGGAGAGACGUGCUGCUGUUGUACUGGGAUGACGUUAGUGGCGACUCGGGUAUGGUUACAGAGCUGCAAGAAGCGGGUAUCCCAGUGCGGGUGAUGAAGGACGAUGACAUCGAGGACGUGGCCACGGCCCGCAGUGACGUGGUGUGGAUGGCGGACGGACAUCAUGUUCGUGGUCUGGAGAGAAAAGUCGUCGUGUGUCUAGGGGACUCUGUUGACGAUUCUUUUGUACCUACAAUACCAGAGUUAUUCUAUAAGACUUUCCGACUUGACCUCAUGUCCCGCUGUACGUCACAACUUGUGAUUGUCUACGCAAACGACUGGAUGUGGCAAUGACACUGACACACCUGUCACCUGCUGUAGUCGUGUGUGAGUCUCUCACAUCAAAAGUUGUUUUUAGGUUUUGUCCUCUUCUAUUCUCAGUCUAUCACCACGUCAUCACCUUAUGAUGUCAAAGACAAGACGUCAUUACAGUUUUUUGCAACACGAGGUCUGUGUCACUGUUUACACAACAACAAGUGUCAACAAGUUUGUCUGUUAGAGAGGUGUGUGUGUGUGUGGUAAUGUGUCACCAGAUCCGUGCGUGUCAAUGUGUCAGUCUGCCAGUGUGAUAUCUGUGUGAAUGUGUCAGUGUACCUGUCACGGACCAGUCCGUGCCUCCUGUGUUUUUGAUUUUUUUUUUUUGGGAGCGUGUGACAGUGCCCGUGCCUCUCGCGGCAAUGCAGUGAGUAGUGUUCACCUCGCACUCUGGCGGAGUGAACUGUUUUAGAGCAUUCCCAACGCCACCGCCUAGACGGUCGGUCGUACUGUAUGUCUGGAUUAUAGAAUCUGUGAAUUAAGUUCCUUACCUAGACAAGGUAACAGAUUAAAUAUUUGUUACAGUUUAGAUAUAAGUAGCAUUUCUAAAUUAAUCACGUGGUGACUUAAUUUCUAACAGUAAAUAUAUUCUUUUGACGUUAUGGAAGUAUCUGAUAGGUUAAGUUAUAAAUUCGUUAGAUUAAAUAAAUCACCGAGUUACAGGAACUUCGAGAGGGGACCCACUAAAGUGGACAAGGUUUUAAAGAGAAGUCCUAACAGCGGCAAGGUCCAAGAGCCUCCCUAUGCCUACUCCAUUUUGAGUCUGACGUCCGGGGUUGUUACCUGUCGACGUCUUGGAGUGAUAUUCCGGGACCCAGUGUUCGGAAUACGUAGCAGCGUGGAGUGUGUAUUUUUUUGUAGCAUUGUGUGAGAUACGGAUAUCCUGGAGGAAUACGUAACAGCUUGGAGUGUGUAUUAGUGUGUUGCGGGAGUGUGUCGGUGUACCUGCACGCUCACCGUGGACGGACUGAGUGUUCCUGACGCCGAGAUACGUCGGACAUUUUGAUGCUUACUGAAGUGACUCUGGCAAACAGUAACGUAAGUGUAUUCAUAUUCUUUAUCAGGGAGACCCUUUGUACUCUGGACCAGGUUCCAGAUUGGUGAUCUCCGUUACGGGACUGAUCAGUUACCAAUGUAUUAUAGAUGUUUUGACGAGUGAGAGGGAGAGAUUUUUUUUGUGUAAUAUUGAGGCAGCAGGGAAAGCUUGUGUAUCUGUACUCUUCGUGGUACUCUCUAUUUUUGUUUACCUUUUGUGUACGACCUGUUGACAGCUAUCCACCUAGAGUGGGCAUAAGCACCAGCCCCCAGCGGGCUAUGUUAGUAAAGUAAGACGAGAAGCCCAAUGGACAGAUCGUUGUCUUGUGUGUUGUUUGAAUGCGCGUGAAUACCGUGUGUGACGCGGUGAGUGACAGUACCAGUGUCAUAUCUGUGUCAAUGUGUCAGUCUAUCAGUGUCAUAUCUGUGUCAAUGUGUCAGUCUACCAGUGUCAUAUCUGUGUCAAUGUGUCUAUAUGUUGUACGCGUGCUGUCAAAGGGCCUCAGCAGACUGUAAUGUCAGUGCCGUGCACUAAAGUGUUUAGUCUGAUAUUGUUUACUGCCAGUGGUAAACAAAGGGGACAGAACUCUGAGACUAAAUACAGACACGAUUGGUUCAUCAAAACUCACUUCACUGAGUUAAGAGAUUCAUUGAUGUAAACACAACAAACACUAGCGGCUCACUUAUACAACACAUGUUACAAGUUUAACUGUUUGACACAAACACAUUCACUCGAUGUACAAAUGUUGUUUCACAUGCUUUAUAAAUGUCGCCACACGUUUCACAAUGAGUGUUUCAAUAAAGAUUGUUGUUGUUAGUUUAAAACAGGUACAAACAGUUGUUAAGUGGUUAAAAUAGUUGUAACAGUGACGUCACCCACAGGCACCACGUGCGCACUGUUACAACAGUCAAACACCAGGCUGACAAUAUAAACAUACACCACACAACAAAUAAACAAUAAAUACCAAUGACAGGAUACAAUACCUACACCACGAUCACAUGACACUGUUACAGUUUGCCAACAUCUUGUCACAACACACACUAUACCCUGACCGUGACAUGUCAUGACACGAAGUCUCACAAUCAGCCAUUGCUGACGUCAUGUUAGCCCUCAGUGACGUCACGUGGAUGGAGGAUGAAGUUGGACAGCGACUGUCAUCUGUCAGAAAAGCGAUGAUGAGGGCGAAGAUAAGACGCGUGUGUACCUCUGUGUGUCGAUGAUCUGUUUGACUAAAGAAAACCUUUUCGCGAUCUGUUUUGAUGGAGUCAACACAUGUGUAACUUAGGACUAGACAUGUCACUUGUGUGUUUGACUGCAGCUGUCCUGUGUCUUGGGUCACGUGGCUAGAGCUGUGAACUGCGCUGUGUGCUGGUUGUUCUUGUCUUGUAUGUUGAUGUUUUUUUAACAAAAGUUCUCUAAAGACAUCUCUAAAGCAGCACUAGCGAACGUACGCUGAGCAUAUCAUCCCAGAAAACUACAGAAUCCCAAGGAAUAGAGGGGCGACAGUGACAGAAGGCAGCCAAUAAAAUGUAAAAGCAAAGUAGACCUCAUCCAUUCAACAAAGACACGUGUUUGUUGUCGACAGUUCACAUCACAAGAAGUGAGAUGACAGACCGAGUACUAAACCUAAAGAAAGAGGCGAUGCUACCGAUGAAGAUAACAUCGCUCACUCAGGAAGCAGGCAACAAAAGGUCAUCGCUAACGAGCUGUGUCUUUCAUCUACAAAGAAAAGCUGACAACAACGAUGUGAAAAGAACGGUAGUCAACCUUUAACUAAUAGUAAAAUAACAAAGCGAUCACCAAACAAACAACAAACAACUUACCCAGGCUGCCUUACAACGAUCAGAAGGAAGAGAGUUGUGUAGUCAGUGAGACACACCUGUAGGCUACCUGGUGAUAAAACAUGGCGACCCUUCACACUCCUGUGUAUCACAUCUUUGGUAUGUAAGUAUUCCCGAGCAGACACUCCACCCCGCA